AUGUUACACCUGCCAAAGAUACUGUUCUUGCGACCGGGGGCAACUCGCACGAGAGGCUGUUUUCGCGACCGGUGGCACCUCGCGAAAACGGCUGUCUUGCCGACCGGAGGCCCCUCGCGGAAGGGUCUCUUGUUGCGCCCGGACUCCGGAGGCACCUCGCGGAAGAGUUUUUUUUUGCAACUGGAUGCAUCUCGCGAAAGAGCAUCUUUUCGCGACCGGUGGGUGGCACUGCAACCGGGGCCACCUCGCGAAAGAGGCUCUUUUGGCGACCUAGGCCACCUUCCUCAACAAGCUCUUCUCGCAACCGGUGGCACCUCGCCGGCGUCCCAAUCCGCAAAAAGAGCCUCUUUUUGGCGAGGUGCCCCAUUUAUGUGA